GAAUAUGCACUGACGAGAUGAUACUACAUCCCAAUCGGGUAUAGCUCAUUCUCACCCUUCAAUCAUCCCGUCUUGAACGGCGUCAUCCCAUCUCCACCACAAUGUCCUCUCCCAUCGUCCACGGCGUCUCCAUCACGCCUCUCACCCAAUGCUCCCACUGGUUCUCCGCCCUCGACAUCAUCGCCAUUAAGAUGAAGUGCUGCAAUGAAUUCUACGCGUGCAUCUCGUGCCACGCUGCCCUCGCAAAACACAAUACCAAGGUCUGGACAAAAGAAGAACGGGACGAGGAAGCGGUGUUUUGUGGGGGUUGUAAGAGCGUGUUGAGCAUUGAGGAGUAUAUGGCCGGUGAUGGGAAAUGCGAGGAGGGGAGUAGGUGUCCGAAGUGUAACGCUGGGUGGAAUCCGGGGUGCAAAAACCACUGGAGUCUUUAUUUCGAAAUUUAGGGCUCGGAGAGGUUUGUGAGCCAUUGAAGAACGGAAACAAUAAAAUACCCAUGUAGAAGAUCCGCCAAGGACUGAGAGAUUCCAACAGGCAUCCUAGUUUUCCGGU